AGCUCGCGCUGAGGAAACGGGAUAUCAAACAUCCGUCUUUUAAGGUUCCGAAUUUUUGGCAUAUCUUUCCCGUUUGCCUCUAAGAUUUAGACUUAGACACUUAGACCCGCUGUGGUGAUUCAGGCUAGUUUAAAACACUUAAUAAUUUCGGUUUUUGGGCGUCAGUCAGUGUACACCGGCAGACACACCCUCAGGGUUUACAGUGAGGAGGGAGAACAGCGUCUUUCGAUCGUAAAUCCCCCAUUUUAUUAGCUUUUGCAAUAGUCUUAACAUUACUCAACAAUGGCGUACCCAGGACCAUACGGCGCAGCCCCCGGUGGAUUCCCAGGAGCGCAGCAGGAUCCUCUCUAUGGAUACUUUUCAGCUGUCGCUGGACAGGAUGGACAGAUCUCACCAGACGAGCUGCAGCGCUGCCUCACUAGUUCCGGCAUCUCUGGCUCUUACCAGCCCUUCAGCCUGGAGACCUGCAGACUGAUGAUCAACAUGUUGGAUAGGGACAUGUCCUGCACUAUGGGCUUUAAUGAGUUCAAGGAGUUGUGGCAGGCUCUGAACGGCUGGAAGAACACCUUUGCAUCCUUCGACCGGGACCACAGCGGGACCGUGGAGGGCCAUGAGCUGCAGCAGGCCAUCGUCACCUUGGGCUACAAUCUGAGCCCUCAGGCCAUGAACUGCAUCAUGAAGCGCUACAGCACACACGGCAGGAUCCCCUUCGAUGAAUUUGUGAGCUGCUGUGUGAGACUCCGAGCUCUGACUGAUCAAUUCCGAAGGAGAGACACGAACCAGUCCGGCAGCGCCACAUUUCAGUAUGAUGAUUUUAUCCAGGUCACCAUGAGCGUAUGAAGAAGAAAAGACCAAUCAGACGGGACAUACUAGCCUUUUAAAAUCUUUUCAUAACAUGUAAUUUCUAUGUAUGUUAAUUUUUAAUCACAGUUGUAUGAACAAGAUUGAAAUGUCACAUUCCAUUUUAAACAUCAAUUUAACAAGUAAACUAUAUUAACUAUAAGUAUAAAGUAACAUCAGACUGUACCAAUGACUAACAUUAGAGUGCCUGUAUAUACUGGAGGGCAUCAUUACCACUAUUACAUUUAUAGCCUUUUACCUCAAGACUAAUCCUGUAAACCCAAAGAGCUCAGCAGCGUGCGAGUGUUAUCAUGUAUGAAAUGAAUAAACAAAAUGUUUCACACACUAA